ACCUGAAAAAAAUCUACAUCAUGACAUGAAUUCUGACCUUUGUCACAGAAAGUCUUCUUAGUUGCCUUUUUCUCUAUCACGAAUUAGAAAUCAUAAGAAAUUAUUUAUCAGUAGAAAACUUAAAAUUUCAAAAUUCAUCCUUUGAAACCCAUUUUAAAAUCAGACAUUGCAUUACCAUGUAAAUGGUACAUUAAAAUCAUGUUACAAAAUAUUUUCAUUCAUGAAUUAUAAAAAAUUAAGUUUGGAUAGUGCACUAUAAUGUCUCUGUUCAAAACUGUGGGUGACAGUUAAGGGGUUAAGAUAAGUGGCUAUGCAUGCAAUAUUUCCUAUAUAAUUUUUCUUAAUCACAUAGUAAAUACUUCUAAGAGCAAUAUUCAUACUACUUGCUCAUGAAUUAGUUAAUUAAUUUUCACUUUGAUCAGAGACUAGCAGAAAUAUAUCUGUCUGUCAGUGAUGGAUCACUUCAAAUCAGGGUUUGACACUUGUGGAAAUCAACUAGAGGAGACAUAUAAACUGAAGCUUCACAUUUUUGAUGUCUUCAAAACAAAGAUAAACAAAUUGAACUUAGAUUUUGACAGAAAGCAUCAGUCACUCACUGGUCAAAUAGAGAAACUCACUACCAUCACUGAUGAACUGGAAUCCAUGCACAAGAACACUACAGUGGGCAGUUUGACAGGAGCAACAAUGGGAGCAGCUGGAGGAAUCGCAUCUAUAGUGGGUCUGGCUUUGGCCCCGGUCACAUUAGGUGUUUCUUUAGGUCUUACUGCUGUUGGUGGUGUUCUUGGAGUAGCUGGAGGAGCAACAGGUGCAAUAUGCAACUACAGGAACAACACCGAGCAGAAACGCCUACGAGAGACUAUUGAGGAGAUCACCAGUGAUUUCCAGAACACAAUAAAUGCAAUGCUUGAGAUUCUGAGAACAAUAAUUAACAGCACAGAGGACAUUCAACAGCUGGUGCAGCAGGAUAUGAAUCAUAUACCAGCAAGGAUGAUGGAGGGAGGAGUAGAUAGAGUGAGAGGUGUUUCAGCCAUUUUAGAACUUCCUAAAGCUGAAAUGCCCCAAAAGAGUGAAGCGGCUAAACAGUUUGACGAAGCUGUUUAUUGGACUAAAGCGGCUCGCACAGCCUUCCAGUCCUGUCCAGGUGCUGUCAAAAAAAUUAGUUCAUCUUCAGAGACUGUCAAAAACAUUAAUUUGACAUCAAAGGUUGCCAAAACCAUGCGUUUGUCUUCAGAGAAGGUCAGAAUUGUCAGUGUGUCUGCAAAAACUGCAAAAGCUGUCCGUUCAGCAGCAGCGGUCAGUGGUGUAAUCUCAGCUCUGUUUGUUGUUGUUGAUGUUUACUGCAUUGUUCAAAAUUCAAUGGAGAUCCAUGAAAUGAAUCAAUCAGUAGGCAAAAGAACUGCUAAAAAUAUCAAAUCAGAUGAUUUGAAAUUCAUUCAUCAGAUGAGAGAAACAGCGGCUAAUUUUCAAAAGACUCUAAAUGAAAUUAAAGACGCUAGAGACACUGCUAUCAUAGAGUUUAAUAGAGAGCUGAAAAACGGCACUUCUUUCCUGGUUAGACAAAAGCACAGAGGCAACUAUAAUGCUCUAUUGAGAAUUGUUCUGAUCAGCAUUAUUCUUGUUUUCUUAAUCUGUAGGUUUUUGGAUUAACUCUUCACAAAUAAACCACUUGAUCUGGGUUGUAUUUUGUUGCUGUUUUUUGUUAUACAUGUUACCAUAGUGUAAUGUAAUUCAACCUUCACUGUGAAGAGAACUGUCAUGAAUUUUUCUCUACUUCUGGAUCCAGUGUACUGUAUAAUUAACAAAAACUAGUACAAAGAAAACAAGGUGUGAAAAAAAUAUUUAUAUUCAAACAUGUACAAAUUGUGUUCAGAUGGUGCUGUUUGCUGACAGUAUCACUGUAAAAAAUUGCUGUAAAAAAACGGCCAUAUUCUGACAGUAACAUCCUGUUUUUUCAUUACAACAGUAAAAUUCCGUAAAAAAAUAAUGAAUUCUGGGCAAUAUUUGUUGUUUUCGAGAAAGUAUCUUUCUGCAGUCCUGUGAAGUAACAGCCCCAGAGUCGACACUCAGAGACUGUGUUUCAAAUCACACCCUACACCCUCAUUCACUAUUCCCUACAUGAAUUUACUAAUAUAGCCCACCUGACAGAGAGAAUGAACACUAAUGAGUGAAUUCAGCCAAUGAUGAACAGCUGCUGUGAACAAGCAGAAUCACUGGAGAAAAGAGAAAAAUGAAACUACAACUGACUUCAGCCACAGCCUUAGAUGAAAUCAACUGAAAUAAAACAGCAGAAGAUGAUUAAACAACUCCACAAACAGCAUUACAGUUUGACUUUAUUUCUGCCACAUAUCUAUAAAAUUACUUGAGAAUUAAUAGACAUUUAGAUACUUUAUUGAAAAUGUUUUGUGUGACCUCACCAUUAUGGCGAUCAGCGUUUGCUUUAAUGGGCUCUUGUCUUGACCCUUGACUUUUUAAUUUUAGAUUUUUUUUUUUGGCUGUUAUAAUUGUGUUAGUAAAAAGCAUAUGUUAUAACAACAAAAACCAAAAAAAAAAAAAAUUGUAAGUAAGUGUUUUUGGAUUGUAAUCAUCCUAAAGCAGCCUGCUUCUCUGACCUUCUUCCAUCUUUAAUGAAGUGGUGUGGCUUUUUUUAAUUAGUUUCAUGUUCUGAUAUGUGCUAUGAUACUACAAAGCAAUCUAUUAUGAGAAAUUGUAAAACAUCUUGUGCACAAAACCUUCAGUACUACGACAUAAUUGAGACACAUACAGACAUCAAGAAUCAGCAUAUUAAUCUCAACAAUGGUGAGUCAAAAUCUUCAUGCUGCAAUGCAUGCUGGGUACCAGCACAGUACAAAACUCACCCAUGACUCCCAGCAUGCAUUGCGACAUGAAUAAAUUAUGCCACUGAAUUGUCCUCUUAUUUUCUCUAAUUCUUUCUAUUUGCUUUUAUAAUUGCUUUUGUUUUUGUGUUGAGUUAUAGUAGCGGGUUUUGUGAUGUUCAGAGUUCAUCUGUUUAUUUAUUUUGGUUGAUAGUCACCACUGUUGAGAUUCAUACACUGAUUCUUGAGGUGUGUGUUUCAUAGCACUUUGGAGCUUUUUUUUUUUAAAAUCGUCAGUAAUGUUUUUAACAAUUUCACAUAAACGAGCAAAAUCAUCAUGUAAAUUAUUUCAUCACUUUGGUAACAGAAGAGACGCUGGAGAAAAAAAAAAUCAGUGAAUAUAAUGUUUAAUGAUGGUUAUGUCGUUAGCAUAAUAUAAUCAACAAUAUUACAGAUUUUGUUUUGGUUUUUUUUGCCAUAACACAUGUGUUUUAAAACACAUGUUUACAGCAAUCAAAGAAAAGUUAAUGUUAAAAAGUCAAGGUUCAAGAGCCCAACUAAAGCUAACACUGAUCUCCAUCAUGGUAGUUAAAAAACAACUUGCAUUUCUGUGAACUUCUGACAGAAAUAGCAUCAGUCUGGUUAGUAAUGUGUGAAGUAAUGCUGUUUUAGGAGUUGUUUAAUCAGAUCUUGAGAAAUUUAAUGUCUUCUUUAUUUCAGUUGAUUUCAUCUAAGCUGUGGCUGAAGUCAGUUGUAGUUAUUGUGUUUCUCUUUCAUUCAGUGAUUCUGCUUUUUAACAGCAGCUGUGCAUCACUAAUGCUCAAUCAUCACUUAAUUAAUCACAGAAUUAUCUCAUUAACUUCAGCACUGAUUCAGUGUUACUCUAACACUCUGUAGUGUGCACACAUUACAAGUGUUCAUUUAAAACUGAGGAUUUUGUCGUGGACUUUAAAGGGUUAAAGAUGUAAGAAGAGAAAAACACAGCAUGGAAUGUAAUUUAACAGCAAUAAACUGUAAUUAAUUUACGGCAACAAACUGUAGAAAAACAGUAACUUACUGGCAACCGUGCUGCCAGUAGAUUACCGUUAAUUCAAAGAAAAACAGCAAUUUACUGUAAAACGUAACAGUCAGAUUAACCAAACUAAAAAAGUUAUUUUUACUGAAAUAUUAGUGAAGGUCCACAGAAAACAGUAAUGCAAAGUCAUGAACUGAUCAGGAGAGUAAAUAUUAAUCUGAACUGUAUUAAUGUGUUUUUGUACAAGAGAGAUCUGUUAAUUUAAUGUAGUUUUGUGGGUCACCGUUGUGCUGGAGAGUAGAGCCUGUGCUUCAGUCAAUGAUGAGCCACAAACACUGAUGUUCUGCUGCUUUUUAUUUUUUAUUUUAAACUGUGCAGUUGCUUAAGCAGCGAUGAUCUUUUUGUUAAGUGCUCCAGCACAUGUGCUGUAGCUGAUGAUGAACUGAAACAAUUUGAGUUAAAGACAUGUUUUUAGUUAUUUAAAGUGUUUGCAGUUUUAUAGUAAGAAAUAUAUUUUCUCAGUGGACUCAAAUGAUAUAAGUUCACGUUAAUAAUGCCAUUUGAAUACCACUAUUUUAAAAUUGAACUGUUUGAACCAAUUGGAGCAGAGUUCAUUUCCAUGGUAGAAUAACAGUAACAGGCUGUAAAAAUUAAAAGCUGUAAAUUAAUGGUAGAGGGCUGUAAAAUAACAGUACAUUACUGGCAACUCUGCUGCCAGUACAUUACUGUUAUUUAACGGCACAAUUUUUUACAGUGUAGAGUCCAAGACAGUAAAUAGCCUUGAAAUGGACUUUAAAUAAGACCCUGUUUAAACCUGCUAUUAAGAUGUGUUUUGGUUGAUCGCUUAUUGUGAUUAUUUUCUUUCCUUUUAAAAUUUGUCGGCAUUAAAAGGCAUUGUGUCUAUUUAUCUUGUUAAUCAUUCUAAUUCUUUUAGCCUCAUGGGAAGCUCUAGGGAGAGGGUGCAACGUUUUCUUGUAAAUAUGUUCACCCCUGUUUUUGGUUAGCAAGAGAGUAGAGGGAAGCUUAUGUUGUUUAUUUCUUUUACCUGUUUAGGUUAUUUAGUUCUCCUUCUGGCAGUUAGUAACCUUUUUGUUUGUUGUUUUAGCUAAGAACCUCUCCUAAAGAUUAAUUGCUUCCAUUAUUCUUAU